UUCCUUGCCACCUUCAUGUCCACAUCCUGCACCUCCUACUGUCCCAGGCAAGGGAUCUCCUUUUUAAUUGAUUAUUUGAGGCGUAGCAUUCUCGCAAAUAAAAUGAAUAAGAAAUUAAAGCUUCUGUAAAAUCCAUGUUCAUACCUUUCAGGCAAAAAGCAGAAGGAGAAAUAAAGACUUUUCUUGAUGAAGAAAGCCAUAAACACAACUUCUUCUUGGAUUUGAGGGACUUGGAGCAGGAGUUGUCCAGGGAGCGGGACACUCACCAAACAAACACUGUAGUUCCUGUCUGGCAGCUCAAGGAGGAUUUGAAACUCAAGCUGGCAGAAAUGCAACGUUUUUGUGAAGCCUCUCAGCGUUGCCUCUUGGAAGAAUCUUGUCAGAAACCUGAGAUCAAUUCAUUUGAGAUGUUGCAGCGGAUCAAAUUUGUAAAGAACCAGCAGAAGGCAGUUUUGGAAGGUCUUAUCCUUGAAGGUCUGGCUUUGGAGAGAGAGGUUGAAGACUACAGAGCAAAUGCAUUAAUGGGCUCUUUUGAGGAGAAAAAUGGACUUUUCCAUGAAGUUCCUGCUGAGCUGCUGUCUCUGGAAUGCCCUUACCCUGACCUGAAGACCUUGGUGAUCCAGCAGUACCAAGAGCUUGCCAGUGGGUACUGGGCGAGGCUUCGGGAGCUCGACCAGCAGUUGGAAGCUUUGUCCGGGAACAGUGACUGGAAGGAAGAAGAUCAGUGGGUUUUCCAGGCUGUCAUCAAUCAGUAUCCAAGUGAUCUUCAGAGGAGGAGGACUUUGUACCUGGAUAUGCUGCAGAGAUACCUUCCCCACAAAUCCAGGCAUGAGCUGGUUGCUCAUGAGAAAGCCUGGGAUCAUUGCCAUUCCGUCAGGAAUCAGCACAGAGCCUUGCUGUUGAGCUGGGCUCAGGCGAGGAAAGCCUUUGUCCUCAGGGCAGUGGCCACUGCUGCUGAAGCUGCUGCUGCUCACGAGGCAGAAGUGGUGCUGGCUGACUCCAGGCAAAAGCAACUGGAGAUCUGUGCUGAGCUGAAAGCAAAGGUUCUACAGUGGAAAGCACAGCAGGAGGAAGCUGCUAAACUAGAAGCUGCUGUGGCUGCCAGAAGAAAAGAAAAGGAAGAUGAGAAAGAAAGGCUACAGAGAGAACAGGAAACUAGUCGUAGAGCUCAGGAGAAAGAGAAACUGAAAAAAUACUGGGCUGAGAAACAGCUCAAGUGGCAAGAGCAGGAGGAGAGAGAUCUACGACGUCUGGAGGAACUGAGAAAAUUAAUGGCUGAACAAGCAGCUAAAGACAGAGAAAGGGUGGAAUUCCGAAGGGCAUUACUGGAGAAGAGGCUGCUGGAGAGAAAGGAGCAGCUCCUGCUCCAGGCCCGGGAAGAGGAGGAGAGGGAGAAGCACCUGGAAAUGCUCCGACAGCAGGUUGCUGUUGUUGCAAAAUCAGACCCAGCCAGAGCAGUGGCUGAUACGGUGGCAUCGCGGGCACGGAUGGGCAUCGGAGCCAACCAAGAGUUUGAGCUGCAGCAGCCCCUGUUCAGGCUGCACACGUACAGUGAGGAGCAGGUCAUUUCUGACCCCAGGCUCCGUGUCGAGCUCGCUCUCCGAGAAGCUGGACUGCAUAAAACACUUUAUGCAAGAGAGAUUUUGCCAAAAAUUCCUCCACUGAAGCUUCCGAGAAGAGACAUGGAAUCUACAGCUUUUGAAGUGUAGAGCACCUCUUGUCUCAGGAGCAGAGGAGCUUCAGGGGUGUCAGUGUGUCCCACCCGAGCUUUGCAGAGAUGAGUAUGUCCAGUUUUCACCCCUCAGACUGAGAACUCUGCUGGCAAAGCCCUCCCAGCCCCGGGCAGGGCGCUCGGGGCACAGCGCUGGGACCUGCCGAGACCCCCAGGUGGGUGCCACAGGUGGGCAGCUGGUGUGACAGACCCCCCGGGUGAGCACAGCUCAGGACAGGAGCAGCAUCACCACGGCACUGCAGCUGAGCUAUCUGGGGGGGAAAGGCUGCAGAGCCUGUCCUGAGCCGUGGGAGCUGCAUUGUCUGGGCUCGGCCUCUGCGAGCUUGGGCUAAAAUUACAACUCUGUGUGUGUUUGUGCUUUUUAUUUUGGUAUCUC